AUGGCUCUCACCCUUCCCGCUGGCGCUGCGGACACCAUUGUCCGCAAAAAGGCGAUGUAUUGCCGUCUCGCCGACACCAACGAAUGGAGCCUGGCCGACAAGGUCUUUUUGCCCGAUUUCGAGUUCAAGGCAGUCGACGAGCAGGGCACAGUCAUCAACAUCAACGACACCGACUACCACUGGACCUCGCUCGCGGGCUGGGUCGACUAUUUUAGCAGGAUAUUCGCCCCCAUCCAGACGAUGCACGUCGUUGGGUAUCCCGAGCUGGAGCUGGUGGCCCCGGACGAGAUGAAGGCCGUCUUUGGCGUCACGUAUAUGGUCGGGACCAAGGAGGCCGACAAAGGGGUGCAUGGGACCGGUGGAGGACACUACUACGAGACGUGGAAGCUCAAGGACGGCGACUGGUUCUGCCAGAAGAUCAAGUUUGUGAGGAUCUACUGGAAAGAGACGACUCUGUAG